GCGCAGGUCUAGGGAGCUCCGCCUCCGGGGGGUUCCCCGCUGCUGGCGCCGCCGCGGCCGGAGGCUGCUGGGCUGUACUGACCGCAGGGUCCGUUCCCGACGGCGCGAGCGCGGGAAGGAAGGGCGCCGCCGCCUCGCGCCCCCUGCCCAGCCCGGACUUGUCUCCUUCAGAAUCUCAGAAGGGCGAGGGGAAAGGAAGCGACUUUGAGAAAUCAGCGGGACGUGACACUCUGGAGCCUGUGUGGACGUCAGACUGGUGGAGGCAGCUCCAGUCCCCCCAAACUCUGCCGAACCCCGAGAUGUGCCACGGCUGGGGACGCUGGUCUCUCGUGCUUCUGCUGGCUCAGCUGACUCUGCCAGGUGAUGGCAAGGAGGGCAGUAUCACUGGAAAUUGUCACUGUGAUAAAAUUAUUUCUUCUGACUCCUCCCCAUCGUUUCAAUUCAUGGAUCACCUCCGAAAACAUCUGAAAGGCUACCACCGAUGUCCGAAUUAUGUCAGGUUCCAGCUACCUUACCGGAGUGUGUGUGGGGGCAGCAAAGACCAGUGGGUUCAAGAAUUGAUGAGCUGCUUUGAUCUCCAAGGAUCACUGUCCUUGGACGAAGAGCUCCCUCAUCCCAAUGAAACCACCACCCCCACUGUGGAACACAGACUUGGAGCUGGGCACAAGACUGGCGAGUACCAGAAACAGGUGGAAGAAAGUGCUGGUCCAAAAGCUGGCACAUCACCCAUAGUGCCAAAUUUCCUGGGUGUGAUCUUCCUCCUCACUGGAAUCCUUGUGUGAGUGCUGUGCAAGAGGAGGUGGGAGCAGUCACUGCAGUCCUCUCCAAGUAAACUCUGAAACCCUCCCCCAGGGACCCUUAGCUUUCCUGGGAGAGGUUCUGCUUCCAGUAGCUUUCAGAUAACUGAAACCCAGCCCAGGCACACAGGAAUUAAGGCUGCCUGCACUAUGGAUCAUAGACUAUGAAGGCAGAGUCAGCCAGAAACCGUAGAGUGCACAGGGAGGGAAGCCAUUGUGGACCCAGAGACCAGUGCUAGGAGCAAGAAGAUGGCUAUUCCAUGAAGUUAGGGAAUUAGGACUUAAUAACAAAAAUGCUUUGUUAUUAAUGAAAGCAGACAAUCCCUGGUACACAGAAGGCAAUCAAUACUUGCAUUCUCUUAGAGCCCUCAUUUUAAAGAAGCCAUAUACAGAAUCUGCUUUCUGUACUAGAUGACAGCUUGAACAAAUUCCAUGUGUUUCUAAACUACUAAAAAUUAUUUUUUAAAUUAUUGGUUCUUCUUUCACACGCAAACCUUAGGCUAUUGCCCUCUUGACAUGAGUGCUGGUUUCAGUUUUGCUAAUGGUUCCCCCUUGUCCUAACUCUCUCUUCACACUACACCAGUUGUUCCUCCCCAACCUCAGUCCUCUCCUGCUUCUUCCCUGAAUCCCACAACGAAGACCUGGGCUUUCCCAGCCUUCCUCCUUAGCAGCUGCUGUGCUGCUACCACCAUAUAGAUUGGUUUUACUUCCUUAAUCACUUGCAUCAGUCAUAUAUACUAUAAAUGAGGAUCUGUUCUUGUUUUGCUAUUGUUUUUAUUAUUAAAACACUUAGUUCUUG